AUGGAACUUGGUUACAAAAUCAGAGGUGCUGACCUGAAACUGUUCUUUAUACAUGAGCACAAAUUCGAGCCUCUUUGUGGAAGCUCUAGGGUGGUGAGAUCACGAUUUCUUCCCAACUCUUGUGGGCUACCUCCAGGCCCACCCAAAUGGCCUCUCUUUGGCAACCUUCUCCAACUGGGCCAACUGCCUCAUAGGGACUUCGCAAGCUUAUGUGAGCAGUAUGGGCCUUUGGUCUACAUUCGAUUAGGCCAAGUUGAUGCCAUCACGACCAACGAUCCAAAUAUAAUACGUCAAAUUCUUCAAGAUGACGUGUUCGCCUCCCGACCACGAACCCUGGCGGCUCAACACUUGGCCUAUGGCUGUGGUGAUGUGGCACUUGCUCCUAUUGGCCCAAAAUGGAAACGUUUACGAAGAAUCUGUAUGGAACAUCUGCUAACCACAAAGAGGCUCGAAUCGUUUGCGGGCCACCGGGCGGAUGAAGCCCAACACUUGGUGAAACAUGUGUGGGAUGUGGCCCAAAAAGGAGAGGUGGUCAAUAUGAGACAUGUAUUGGGUGCGUUUUCAAUGAACAACGUUACUAGAAUGUUGUUGGGGAAGCAGUAUUUUGGGGCUGAAUCGGCAGGCCCACAAGAAGCCACGGAGUUCUUGCACAUAACUCAUGAGUUAUUUUCGUUAUUGGGCCUCAUUUAUUUGGGCGAUUAUCUGCCCAUUUGGAGGUGGAUCGAUCCGUUUGGAUGUGAGAGGAAAAUGAGGGAGGUGGAGAAAAGAGUUGAUGAUUUCCAUUCUAAGAUACUUGAGCAACAUAGGAAAAGAAGAAGAGAAAAUGAUGAGGGUGACGUGGAUUUUGUCGAUGUUUUAUUAUCUUUGCCUGGUGAAGAAGGGAAAGAGCAUAUGGAUGAUGUAGAGAUCAAAGCACUCAUUCAGGACAUGAUAGCGGCUGCAACAGACACGUCAGCAGUCACCAACGAGUGGGCCAUGGCAGAAGUGAUCAAGCACCCACACGUCCUGAAGAAAGCCCAACAAGAGCUGGACUCAGUGGUGGGCCCAAAUCGUAUGGUCCAAGAGUCAGACUUAGCCCACCUCAAUUACCUACGUUGCAUAGUCCGUGAGACAUUCCGGAUGCACCCAGCCGGCCCAUUUCUCAUCCCACACGAGUCAACCCAAUCCACCACAAUCAACGGCUACUACAUCCCGAAGAGGACACGUGUCUUCAUCAACACGCAUGGGUUGGGCCGCAACACCAAGAUCUGGGAUCGCGUUGACGUGUUCGAGCCGGAGAGGCACUUAUUAGCAGAUGGGAGUCGAGUUGAGAUUAGCCACGGUUCCGACUUCAAGAUACUUCCAUUCAGCGCUGGAAAGAGAAAAUGCCCAGGCGCGCCACUUGGCGUGACACUGGUGCUAAUGGCUCUGGCUCGACUCCUACACGCCUUUGAUUGGAGCCCACCCGAGGGCUUGAGACCCCAAGACAUCGACACGAGUGAGGUGUACGGGAUGACCAUGCCCAAGGCCCAACCUCUACUUGUUCUUGCAAACCCUCGAUUGGCGCCUCAUUUGUAUGGUUGAGUUUCAAGUGUUAGGGUAAGCCCAUACUUAUUGCAAAGGUAAUAUUUGCAAUGAAAUUGUGCUUAAUUAAAACAUUAUAUUAUAAUUUAAAAGACAAUAUUUUUAACUUGUAAUUUUUAAUUAACUUCAGUGUCAAACUAGAUCGAUGCAGGUGAAGAAUGUACUUUCCUUUGCUAAAUGCUUGCUCAACCUAACACGUUUGGGGUCGAGACAAUAAAGACCUCCUAGAAUAAAAAUGAUUAAUGUACAUUUUUAAUUAUGCUUCAUACAUAUGGUUGAUAUGAUGAAUAAAAAUGUGUCUUUAUUGCUUUCUAUCUUGUAUCUUGCUCAACCAAUUUUUGUCCAAUCUCUUGAAUUAGACAAAGAUUUACGAAAAAUCAAA